UUCCUACAGGAGGCAAGCCGACCAGACUUGCCAGAAUCCUUCAGGGGGACAGGAGCCAGAGGGCGCCACCAGGCAGGCAGGAAACCCUCGCCACGGUGCCCCGUGGGGUCCUCGGGAGGCGCCCCAGCCCCCUACCCCUUCCCCUUGCCAGCAGAGUAAGUCUGCUCCAGGUAGCUGGGCCCGCCCCUUACCCCCGCCCUCCAUUCCCGGAGGUCCUGGCCCUAAGGGUCUGGUUGCUUUUCGGGAAAAACCUGCUGGGUAUGGCCUCCCGAGGGCACAGCCAUUUGGCUGGCCUUCCCAGGCCGCGGGGCAGGACAAAACUCUCCCAUUAACGGCGCACGUCCAAAGUCCCUGCCCCCUCAAACCCCGAAAGGUACCCCCGUCGGUCAGCGGGAAAGGCGGCUGCCCCCCGACUUCCCCCCACCGGCCAAUCCCAGCGCAGGGGUAGGUGGCAGGUGCUGGCACUGAGGGAAAAGGGUCAUGAAGGCGGGUAGACAUCCACGGGUGAGCAGCCCGAGGGAACCGGUCCAAGAAGGCAGGACGAUUUCAGGGGAGUAUGGAAAGUAAAGGAAGCUUCGAGAGCGGGGCGGGGGGAGACGGGCAGAGGGGAAAGGCAGGCGGACUGCCCCCCGGGGUCCAAAGCGGUCUGAGCAAAUCUCCAGGCCCUUCGCCUCAAAGGCGCGCAAGGCCGGGGGCAGACUGUGUACGUGGCAGGGAACUGGGGGAACGCACCCCAGGAGCCAGACCUCCGGCCUCCACCCCACCCCAGCGCGCCGAAUCUCCACCACUUCUUAAGCCCCGCCUUGGCGGGAAGACGGAGUGGCCCUCUCGCAGGCCCCGCAGAAUAACAGGUGGGCGCCCGGCCAGGAACAGGUGCGCGUGGGAGCGCGCGCCCACCCGGGUGGCGGGGAGGGGCCGGGCGGGGCCGCGCGGGCGCCAAGCUUUGUUAGAGACGCUCCGGGAGCCACGCGUCUGGCGUACACGCUUCCUCCCAGGGGCCGGGCGUGGGGCCGCGCUCGCCGCGAUUGGCCGAACGGGCGGCCCGCCAUUGGCUGAGGCCCCCCCCACGCCCCUCGGCCUCAAGGGGCGGAGCGUGGGUGCCGGCUGCCCGGCGCGUGCUGCCCCCGGGGGUCUCACGCGCCUCCGGAAUGGCUGAGCCGUGGCGGUGGACACACCCUACCCUCAAAGGCGAACGCGGCGGGGGUUGUACCCAGGACCUGUGAACAGCAACUUCGGGGAGUGGGGGGCGGUGCGCACGCGGGACCCGCGGACUGCAUCUUGGGGGCGCACUGGGCACCUGCUGGGAACAAGGACGCACUGGGGGCCUGCGGGCUGUGCCUGGGGGACUGGGUGCGGUCUUCGGAGGCUCACGGCUCUGUCUUUGCAGACUGUGCGCCAGGGGUUGGGCGAAGCGUGGCGCGAGGGGGAGGCAAGGGAAGGAGGGCGUGAGAAAGGAGGCGGCGGCGCGGAGGAGGGUUAUCUAUGUAUUUAAAAACGCGCCACCUGCGCCGCUCAAGGAAGACCUGGCGAGCGUCUGACAGCACGCGCGAGUCACGAGCCCCCCACGCUCCUCGGCGCGCACUGCCCGCCCUCUCUCGGUCUCCUGCGCCUUACUGUCCCCGGACCCCGGACGACCUGGGGCCGCGUACCCGGGGUAGUCUUGGCAGCGCAGUGCCCGAUCGUCGUUGAGACUUGACCGGCGUUCCUCCGCCCUCGGUUCCUUGCCCUCCACCUUCCUGCGGCGCACAGAGACUUUGGGGGAAGCGCGGGGCGAGUGGAUGCAGACGCGAUGGACAGCCGCGCACUACCCCGGCCCGCGCCCCCGGCGCCUGGUGUCCCGGGCUGCUGCGCCGCUCGGCCGCGACCGGAGUCUCCAGAGCUGCUCCGCUGCAGCCGCCGGCGGCGGCCGGGCGCGGUGGACCCCGGCAGUGGAGCGGCGGCCGUGGCGCGGCGCAAUGAACGCGAGCGCAAUCGCGUGAAGCUGGUGAACUUGGGGUUCCAGGCGCUGCGGCAGCACGUGCCGCACGGCGGUGCCAGCAAGAAGUUGAGCAAGGUGGAAACGCUGCGCUCGGCGGUGGAGUACAUCCGCGCCUUGCAGCGCCUGCUGGCGGAGCACGAUGCUGUGCGGGCCGCGCUGGCCGGGGGGCUUCUGGCCCCGGCCGCGCGCCACCCCCUGCCCCGCGCUCCAUCGGGGACCCCCGCCACCGCCGCCUCGCCCUCCUGCGCCUCGUCGUCCCCGGGUCGUGGGCACAGCUCUGAGCCCGGGUCCCCGCGUUCCGCCUACUCGUCGGACGACAGCGGCUGUGAGGGCGCCCUGAGCCCCGCGGAGCGCGAGCUGCUCGACUUCUCCAGCUGGUUAGGGGGCUACUGAGCGCCCGGCCCCGCAAGCGGCGGGGAACGCGCUCACCCCUGCGGAGCCAGUCGGUUGGAAAGGCUCCCGCCUCCGUGUUCGUCGUUCCGCGGGCCAAGCCACCACCGAGCCAGGGAUCCAGCCGACGCUCCCCGCCAUCCAGCCUGACCCAAGGCUAGUGUGCAAGCACUCCCGCCUGACCUCCUCCCGGCGGCAGCUUCCUCGGACCCCAGCCACCCUGUCCGCAGAGACUUUCCACUGGACUGGGGCUGCGGAACCGACACUUGGAGGUUUGAAGGGGAGAGGGCUUUAUGACGACGCAGAUUAUGUUUUUUUUUACGAACACAUGGACUUGAACUGCUCAGGGACACUGGCGGUAUGAAGGCUUAUUUUUGUACAAAGAACCCUUAGAUUUAGAACACAAUAAAGACUGUUUAUUCCCUCUUC